GCGAUUCUGUAGCCCUCGUCCUCCACCCGCUCCCCUCUUCUCCUAUCCACGAGCGAACCAGCAGCGCAGGCGCAGGGGGAGGGGAGAGCCGAGGCCGAGCACGGAGCAAGCGCCAGCAGGAUGCCGACGCUGAUCCUGAGCACCAACGUGCCGGUGGACGCCGUCGUCGCCGCCGACAUCCUCAAGGAUUGCUCCAAGGCAGUCGCCAGGAUCAUCGGCAAGCCCGAAUCCUACGUCAUGGUGUCGAUAAACGGGUCGGUGCCCAUGUCGUUCGCGGCGAGCGAGGAACCGGCGGCGUACGGUGAGCUCGUCUCCAUCGGCGGGAUCGGCCCCGGCGUCAACGGGAAGCUGAGCGCGGCCGUGGCCGAGAUCCUCGAGACCAAGCUCUCGGUCAGCAGGUCCAGAUUCUACAUCAAAUUCGAUGACGUGCAGAGAUUCAACUUCGGCUUCAACGGAUCGACAUUCUAAAGAAAACCCCAUCAGAGAAUGGUGAUAGCUGCGUCCCAAGCAACCACCUCAACCUGCCCACACAUACCACCAUCAGUUCUUCGUCAAUAAACGGGGAUGGUCAAGUGCUUCAUUUGUAUCUCCUACACCUCCAAUGGAUAUUCUGCUCAUGUGUGAGACAGCACUAAAUUAUAUGCUUUAUUUCAACUGAAGAAUGCAGCCCAGCAUGCCACCAUGCACCUCAUUCCUCAUUUCAUGAUACUUUGUUCUUCAGUAGAA